ACAAUUUUAUGAUAACAUGGCUACAGCUGCGAGAAUGGGUAGUGUGUGUAGUAAGUGAUCGCAUUACAACGUUGUUGUAACUGUGCUUGUGUCAAUGACAUCUUUUGAAACCUAUACAAAUGCAGUGUGGUGAGCUCGUAUAUCGAAAAGUGACCAUCAUGACGCAGGGAAGUGAUUCUGUGGAUAACAGACAAAAGAAGCCAGAAAAGGAGAGUAUCCAUUCUGGCCACUUCAUGGUGUCUCAUUUUGAGGCAGAAGCUGAGGACGAUGAAUGUGAUGUUGCUGUUCCAAUUCCAAAUGAAGAUGCAAAGUUUGUUGCUGAACCUUCCAGUUUUAAUCAUGUUGAGAAGAGUACACAACAAGUCUCCAUUGAAACAUCUCUCACCAAACUUUUCCAGUGCAUGUCCUUGGCAUACAGACAAAAACUGACUUCGCCAAGAUGGAAUCGUUUCAAAGGCAUCCGGUUGCGAUGGAAGGACAAAAUUCGACUCAACAAUGUCAUAUGGCGUUGUUGGCAUAUGCAAUUCAUUAUGAAGCAGAACACAAUGGUGUGCCAGUUUGCCUCUCCUCUGGAUGUGGACACACACAACAAGCCAGAGCUUCAGACAGACAUGGACAUGUUUGAUUGGCAGCCACAUAGCAAUGACAGCAAUUCAAUGAAUUCAAUGAUGGUGGAUGAAGAUUACAUGGAAUUUAUGAGUGAUACCCUCUUUUCUACCAUUCAGUCAAAUCAGCCUUUUGCAUUUCCUGAUCCUAGAGAAAUCGCAAGAGGAGCUGGUCUUGCAGACUUCAUCCAACCAAGUUUAGUUCAACUCCAGCCCAACCUAGAUGAUUUCAUGGAUACUUUGGAACCAUUGCAAGAUCUUGUAUCUUUGUCGCACAUUAUGAAACUGCCAUCAGUUCCAGAAGAAUGUGUAGUUGAUGAUCUAUAUCGUUCUACAAGAUCAAAUGCAGUGACAUUUCCUGAAGUUUUGGAUAACCAAAAUACAUCAUUACAAGUGCAAUUAUCACAACACCAACAACAGAAGCAGCAACAGCAGCAACAUCACCAGCAAUUACAACAACAAAUACAGCAACAGAUUCAACCUCAACAACUUACAACUCAACUACCUCAGCAGCAGCAGCAAACACAACAAAACCUUCAAUACACUGCUACUAUAUUUGCACAACCAGAAGUUUCAUCGUCAUUUCCCCCUGCUACAAAUCUAAUUACAAGACCUCAAGAUUUUGCUCAAGUUUUGGCAACUUUUGAAGAAUAUUUUUAUUUAAAAGUUUUGGAACCCAGAUAUUUAAAGCUGAAGAAUCUAACUUUGUUUGUGGUUCCUGGGUAUAAAUACCCCACAUCUUCUCCCCCCACACUACCUGCUGCUGCAGGAGACCCUCCCCUGAAUGCAAGUGUGUCUCCCCCACGCAGGCAGAAUGUUCGUUCUAAUAGUCUGACCUCUGAAGAUGACUUCUUUGCUGUACCUAAGUUCAACAAAAAUAAGCUGCACAUUCGGAAGACAGUUAGUGGAUCUUCGCUUGCAACUCCAACAACUCAACGUCAACAUCCUCCGCCACUGGUGUCGACAAAUAGCGAUCCAAAUCUACCAACUGUUUCCAGUAGCACUUUGCAGCCUCUUCUAGCCCAGCUUCUGUCUACAAAUGCAAACAAUGGAGUCUUUAACUUCACUGGAGCAUCAGACCGAUUCAAGAGCUCACAAGUUGUGCCUAUUCUUCCAAUGCCAACACAAGGCAUGAAUAAUACUGCAAGUUCUGGAGCUUCACAAGCAUCGUUGCCUCAAUCAACGACAGCACUGCUUAUUACUACUCCUGUAACAAUGACAUCUGUUGCUCCAUUGUCAUCAUCUGGCACAACUCAACCACCCAGUGGUAGUCAUGUGCUCCUUAACACUUUCCCUGCCAGCCGAAAGCCCACGUAUUCUCCUGAUAGCUCCUCCAGCUCAAUGGGUGUUGGUUUAUGCUCGUUGGUGCCUUCCCUUAAUGUGCCACCUAUGGCUCCGCCAAAGCCUCUUUGUGUGAGACCCGAUUCAGCUAGUCAGCGGAUUCGAAGACCGGACUCUACUCCUCCCAAGCAAGAACAUAGGAGGGAGUGCCACACCAAGGCCGAGCACAAGAGGCGAUGCAACAUCAAAAAUGGCUUUGAUAUGUUGCACUCCUUAAUUCCUCAAUUACAUCAAAAUCCAAAUGCCAAACUUAGUAAGGCUGCAAUGCUUCAAAAAGGAGCUGAUUAUAUCCAGCAGCUGCGGGCAGAGAGGGACCAGUUAAGAGAUGAAAUGCAGAACUUGAAACAUGAAAUUGAAUGUCUCAACCAAUCAAUUAGCAAUUGCCAGUCAAUGUUGCCAGCUACAGGUGCUCCUGUGUCCAGACAAAGAGCUAGUAAAAUGAGGGAAAUGUUUGAUGAAUAUGUACCUGUGCUGAAUUCUUUAAGGUACCUGUCAACAGCAACUGAGAUUCUCACUGAUCCAUCCAAGCUGCCGGAAGAAGCUCGCAGGGCUGUUCUAAAGCAGGAUCAUCAGCAUUGAUAGUGAGAAUGUGCCAUAAGUGGCAAGUGACACAACAUUGAAACAAAACAUUGUUUACAAUCUUCGUUGCCUACUAACACUUUUUAAGGGCUUUUUCCAGCCAAAGUCAGUUACCUUCUACACUCCAAAAAGGAGUAUCCCAAACCUUACCCUAGACACUAAUGAACAUGUGGGGGUCCUUGGAUCUGGAAUCAACAGAAUGAGCCCUUCAUAACACAUAUGAAAGACACAGAACAACAUUAUUUCCAAGGCAGGAUUUGGAUUCAUGACCUUUUACACCAGGUGCUGAGUCAGUACACACUAGCCAUAUUGGCAAUCCAGGCCAGCACUACUACUUUUCUAUAAAUAGUUUUUCAGAGAAAUUGUACAGGAACUGUCUUUCAAAACAAACUUUUGUAUUGUGGAAGAAUACAUUUUCCAAUGUAUUUCUCCCCCUCCCUAAAAGCCAACAUUUUUAUGUAAUAUAAUUUUAGAGAAACUAUCUGUGAUGGAGGCAUAUGGAUUAAAUUUUGUUUAAAACAAUGUGUCAAAAAAUCUUCAUAGAUUUUUUUAAAGUUCUUGUAAUGGUUUGCCUCUGUUGAUGUGGUUAGUUUGAAUUUUGCUCAUUGUUACAUGGUUAUCCUAAAAUUGGUCUUUUAAUCUCUGAAAGAGGACUGUUGAAAUUUAAUUCUUUGUUGUUUUUUUUGUUUUUUUAAACUAGUGAGGAAAAGUUAAAACAGAUGUUUGUGUCAUUUUGUAAACAAAAAUUUGUGUGAACAUGUGUUCAAGUGAAUGCAAUUUGUUUCCCAUUGUGCAAAUGGAACUUAUGUGAAUAUGGGUGUGUAAAUGUUAAAUAUAGAUUAUCAGACUUGUAAAUAGUGAUUAGAUGGUUAUUUUCUGAAUGUAUGAUAUGAUUGUACCUGCAGAAGCAUGGAUUGUGAAGGAUGAUUUGUCUUAAAAGUUCAGGAACUGUGAUACACUCAUUACAAUUGUGGCAAGAUGUACUCUUGUACCAACAUUAGUGUAAAAAGGCAUGACUUAAAGACCAGAAUUUCUUCUCCUGAGUUAAAAGUUUUUAAAAUAUGCAUUGUGUUCAGAUAUGUAAUAAGGACAAUGUUGUGUGGAAAAUGAAAAGUGGUACUCAGUGCACAGAGUGCACAGGGGUAGAGAGAUAUUGAUGUAUGAUUUUUGUUCUGUAUGCUCAUCAUUGUAUUCACUCAUGAAUUCAUUGGAAGUAAAUAUUAACCAGUGAUUGCAUUUUUUAUGAUUCUGUUGUUUCAAAAAUUGCAAAGGCAAAAGGUUUUUAACUUGGAAAAUGAAAACAGUGAGUUGUAUUAAGAGGAAUAUUUUUUGAAGUGUGAUUUCUCAGGUUUUGCUGUCACUGAAUUUACGAAAUGUUGUUUUGUGUGUGAAUACUAGUCGAAAAUCUGCAUAAAAAAGGUGCAGAACAUAAUUUUAUAUUUAUAAUUAUGUGAUAUUAAUGUUACAGAAUUAAAUGACUUUAUUUUGGUCUUACCAGUGAUCAUUACUUUGUGUUCUUUGUCUGGUACAGAUUUUUGUACAGUAAGUAUUUUUUUAUCUUCAUGACAUUCAAUAAUUACCUUCAAUUAUUGCAGUGAGUUUUAAUCACAGAUGUGUUCUAAGUUUGUUUUUGGUUUUGAACCGUCUUUAACAAACAAAUUUAGAAAAACUUUGUUGCAGAAUCAACUUAAUUAAGCUCUAAGUUGGAAAAACAAUGUUAUUUAGUUCUAAUAAUAACUUGAUCAUUUAUGUUUUAUCAGUAAAAUUUUUCUGAAACUAAUCUCAAAAUGUUUAAAUUUAUAGAAAGAAACCAAAAAAAAAUAAAAAGUAAUAAAAGGUUUUGACAUUAUUGCCAUUUAUAAUUCUUAACUUAUUUGAUCUCUUAUAAUGACUGAACACCAUUAUUUUAACUUUCUUGUUCAAUGAUUUUUUUUCAUUUCUUCUCUAAUUCCUGUAUGAAUUCGUCUUUGAUUCAAGUUAGAGCAUUGUAAAUUCAAGAUGUACUCAUGUUUUACCUCAAGAGGAAGAAUAAUGAGAAAUUUAAUCAACAAAAAGGACAUGACAACCAACUUAACAAUAUGUUUUGAACAGUUCUUGAAUUGAAACAUUCUGACAAUUGCAUUGUAUAUGAAUAAAAAACUUUUUAAAGAAAAAAUAAAAUAUUCCCUUUCAGCUUCAUCUUCGAAUUAUUGGCAUCUUUCCCAAACUAAUUGAUGUGAAACUUUGUUAAAACUCAAUGCUCUUGCUUCAAUUUUGUACUUCCCCUAGUAGAUGUGUCCUUACAGAAGUUAAGUUUUGGAAAUAAUCCUGUGUGUGCUACAUUUUUUUUAUAUUUAUCGUGAGAUUGUUUUCAUUACUUUUUAUAAUUUAAAUAAGAAUAACAGUUUUGAUGGGAAGAGAGUGUAUUAACAGUCUCAAGAAUAUAUGAAGAGUAUGAAAAGGAAGAAAUGAGAAAAAGAGUAUUGUGUAGUGCUUUGGUAGGCAAAUCAUUUGUCUUUGAAUCACCAAGCAAAACCACAUGUUUUCUUGAGCUCCAAAUUCCUUAUCCCUGGUUCUUUACAACAUUAAUAGACUUGUGAAUAAAAGGUAGCAAUAAGCAUUGAUGACAGCUUCUGCUAACAAAUUUUUGCUUUUGUGUUAUAGAAACUAUUUGCAUCAAAAAACAAUUUACAGAUUUGAUAUACUUCAUAGUCCUGCUGCCAGUGUAACCAAUCUCCCCCCCCCCCCCCCCUUGCAUGUUAAUAAAUCAAAGCUCAAGAUAAUGUGCACAGAUUGUAUAAUAUUUUGUUUGAUGAUAAAAAGCAAUACAAAAAGAAUUAUUUUGACAGCAGUCAGCAUUAAUUUGAGUGCUGUAAAAUGAAAUAUAAAAAAAGGAGUAUAUUAAUUUAAUACAUUUUACUUAAUUUAUUAUAUACAAAUCAAUCUCGCAUAUUUUCAGCUGAUUGUCAAGGACAGAAAAGGAAGAAAGCAAUUUUAUUGAAGUGCCUUUAUAAGCUAAUUUCGACAAGUAUUUACAACAUGUGCUAUUUUCAUAAAGUAUACAGAAAAUCUCUCUUUGAAAGAAAUUGCAAGAGACUUAAUGUACUGGCUUAGAAUUUUAAAAAUUUCAUUAAUAUUGAUAAUCUUCAAUGUUAUAUCAAAAUGAAUAUCUACACGGUAAAACCUAUUAAAUCCUUCAUCUCAAAAAUAUUAAAUAACUCAGUUUGUAAUUUUUUAUUGAACAUUCUUCAGAACCCUCAUUAACACAUUGUAUGGAAACAUCAAAUAAUCUCACUUUAUGUUUAUGAACGGCUUUUGGAAGAAAUGGUGCAAAUAUUUGCAAACCUUCUGAAUUGACUUCAUCCAAAUAAUAUAUUUUUCUAAUUGUGUAAAGUUUUUUCUUACUACAUUUUCAAAAUUUUAUAAUUCGUCUGGUGGAGUAAAUUGUAAAUUUGAAUUUUUGAGAUAAAUUCUUAUUUUGUAUAAAUAUUGUUCUAUAUGUUAAUUUAAUAUAUAAAUGUAGUUAAUGGUUAAAAAAGAGUUAUUUAAUCUUCACAUAGAAGUUUAUUUGGAAGACAUGUAAACACUUCACCCAACAAAAUAGUUUCUGUCAAGAACGUAAGCUACAAAAAAAAAAUGAAUACAAUAUUUGUCAAUUGUAGUGUUACUUUUAAUCUGUUGAGUAUAAAGAUUUUUAUUCUUUCUGAUUUUUAAUUAGAUUAUGUACAGAACUGAAAUGAAUGUGUGUGAUUAAAAGCUCAUACAUAUAAGAUUUCACAGAGAACCCUUUAAGAAAAGAAUUAGAAGAUUUAAGUGCUUGAAUUAAUUCCAUUCCAACUUAUUUAUUUCUAUUUAAACUUGUUUUUACUGUGUGAAGCAUAGCUUUCCAAUUGAGUAUUAUUUAAUUUGUAAAUUUACUUUACCUCUGGAAAAUUUUAUUGUAUUUUGUGAAGAAGGGAAAAUUUAUUUUCAGUUUUCUUCCAUUAUUAUGUUUUUGAAUAUUUUUGAAACUGUAUUAAGUUAAAAUAUUACACCAUUUUUUUCUCCAUCUACUGACAUUACCUUUGAACAUUAGAAGAUAAACCAUGCCAGUUUGCAGCUUUGAUUAGUUCUUGUCAGUACAUUUGCUACUUCUCUUGCAUUGAAUUUGGUUUCAACGUUUAUUAAGUGAGUGAGUAUUAGUACAAUUUUUCUCUUGCUUUCAUUCUUUGUUGCUUACAAUAUCACAAGAGUUAAUUUUUAAUUCCUUAUUGAAACUUUUACAGUUGUACUUUUUGACUAACUUUAAAUUGUUACUUUGCAAAAUUAAAACACUUAGGGAAUUGGGUUCAGAAGUGAAUUUUUUCCAUAAAAUUAUUUUGAAAAUAAUCCAUACUUUUUGGUCUUGGACUGUGAAAGUUAAGAUCAAAGAGUUUAUGAUGCAAUGAGCAAAUCCAUUUCAGAUUUCAAUGUAUUAAAGUGUUUCAGUGUAUUAUGUAAUUGUCUCUAUAAACAGCCUUAAUCGAAUUGUAAUGCAUAAUGUGAGCCCUUAUUUAUUGUUACAUCAAAAUGCUCUAGAAACUACAACCAUAGAAUUGAAACUACAAGUUUGACUCUUGCUUCUAAAAAAAUUAAAAAGAGAAUGCUAGGUUAAUUUGAUCUGUUUUCUAAUAUUUAGUCAAGUGCAAAUGUAGUACAUAAAUGUUUAAUCAUUGAUCAUACAUUUUUUCAUAAAAGCUAAAUCCAUUGUGACUCUGUGUAUAACUUUUUUUUCCCCUGGCAAAACUAACAUUUAAUUUUGAAGCAUAAAAAAUACAACCAAAAUAAAUUUCCAAAAAAUCAAAAGGAGUAUGUUUUGCAUCUAUUAUCUGACUUACUUUUUACUUCUUUAAACGCAAGUCUUUUAAUGCAGUUCUAUGGAUAUCUCAUUGAAUCUAUUAGAGGAGAUUUCAGUGAAUAUAUUGAAGAAAGUUUGUAGGUCUCAGUUUCAACGAGCAAUUUCGUCUUCCAAUUUUUUUCAUAAUUUAGAAAGAAACAAAGUUAAAACUAUUAGUAUCUCCAAUGUUCAGAAAACAUCAGAUAAUUUCAUUUAAAUGAUAUAUCUACGAACUGCCAUUAAUUUUACCAAGAAAAGAGAGAAAUGGAAAUAUUAAUGAAAAAACAACAAUUUAUUAUUGAAACCUUGAACGAGUAUGCCAUUUAUAAUUAUCCUUCAUGAUCUUCUGUAAAAAUUACCUCAAAUAAUUUGAGUAAAUCCAACUAACUGGUCUGUGAGCGCCAAUUAUCUGCAUGAAACUUGGCACAUUAAGAAUAUCUUUGACAUGAUAAUUCGUGAAGGGAACUGUAUAAUUUUGUUUAAAUGAGAAUAUUGUUGUAAAUAUUCUGCACUAGUACAAAAUGUUCUAUUUAAUUAUUGUUUUGUAGAAUUAUUGUUAAUGAAUAUGUUAAUGUGAGUUUUAUAAAUUACUAGUAGUUUGUUAUUUUUGUCAUUUAAGUUAGAGGGUUGAUUAUGAUUUGUUAAUUAUUUGUGUAUGUACAUAUAUAAAAAGGCAAUUUAUACAUAAAGUUAAAAGAAUUUCGUACCAGCAAUGAGAAUUUUAUUGGAAAUUCCUCUUUGUUAGUAUUAACAAACAUUAAUAUCCUUAAAUUUC